CCGGUGAAGGGAACGGAUCGUUGUCCGACUCGUGCGACGAAUAAAUCGCGGGUAAAAUGCCGUCCAGUUGAUACUUUAUUCGGUUUACACAGUUGCGCGUUAAUCGCGUCAAAUUCGAAAAUAUAAUCUAGCCAGUCAGAUGACAGAUGGAUUAGGAUGUGUCAUGGAUAAUUCUGACGAAGCAACGACUUUUGAGUAGCGAUUGAUCUAAGGAUUCCUGGAUUAUAACAAGCAUCCGAUCGAGGAUUGACAAGUGCAUGGAUUAAGAAAGUGCCAAACAGCUAGCCGUGGAGUCGCUCGUCGAGCAUUUUGACAGAUCAGCACGUGUCUAAUAUCGAUUUGACAUUUCACAUCGGCGAGGGCGUUUCGGCAUCGGAGGCGAGAAGAGAAGCACCUCUCUUCGUAAGAGUUCCUUGUUGAGUGGUGCGCGAGUGCUACUCAGGAGAGUUCUCUAUCCAUAGCGGAUGUUCGCGUAUCGAGUUGGUUCCUGGUUCGCUGGAUCGUCGAUGUGAUCGCGUCGAUCCGUACUGGAGAGAAUGAUACUGGUAUACAGGAUCAUCCUGCCCCUCGUGGCGAGCGUCGCGUACGCCCAAGGACUAAAGUGCGGCCAUCCGGCUGUGCCGAUGAACGCCAAAGUAUCGUUGUCGGACGAAUCCUUAACGGUCGGCACCGUUGCGAAGUACACCUGCGAUACUGGCUACGAGUUGUUCGGAACCGGCAGCUUGACAUGCAACGCCCGAGGAAAAUGGCAGGGUGACCUACCGUUUUGCGGUACAAACGUGGGUUUCCGCAAACCGGCGAAUCAAUCAACGACCGUGAGGGGCGGAAACGCAAAUCACGGUAAUGACGGUGACUUCAGUACGGAACACGACGGGAAAAGAUGCACGGAAACUCAGAACGAGCCCAGUCCCUGGUGGAGGGUCGACCUUCUCAAGCCAUAUUCUGUCAAGGUUGUCCGAGUAACGACGCGAGGCUGUUGUGGUCAUCAACCUCUUCAGGAUAUUGAGAUAAGAGUGGGCAACAGCAGCGCUGAAUUGCAACGCAAUCCUCUGUGCGCUUGGUUUCCCGGCACUAUUGAGGAGGGUAUCACGAAGACCUUUAUCUGUGCCAGAGCUCUGGUGGGCCAAUAUGUCUUUCUACAACUUGUUGGUGUCGAGGGUAGUUUGAGUCUCUGCGAGGUGGAAGUUUUCGCCACGGACGAAUUCUCGAUAGAUAGGUGUGCACAUGCCGGCACGCCCGCCGACACCGACUUGACAGCUUUCAAUUCCACGUGUUACGAAUUCAUAGUAAAAAAAGGCGGCUCUUUCCAAGAGGCGAGGAACUAUUGCAAGAAUCGCAGAGGUGAUCUCGUUCACGGCUUCCAGGGCGUAUCGUCCAUAUUUAUCCUGAACAACCUAGAAAGGCGAAAGGAUAAACUCAAGACCCAGCUGGUCUGGAUCGGAGCGCAGAAGGAACCGCAGAUCACAGCUCGAACGUGGCGAUGGGUGGACGGCGAGAUUGUGCAGAAACCAUCGUGGGGCAAAGACCAGCCGAACAACUACAACGGCGAACAAAACUGCGUCGUGCUGGACGGAGGUCGCGGCUGGCUUUGGAAUGACGUCGGUUGCAACCUCGAUUACCUUCACUGGAUCUGUCAGAGCAGACCGCCUAUCUGCGGCAGUCCCGAAAAAUCGGAGAAUACGACGAUCGUGGGAUCCAAGAGAACGAUAGGUUCCACGAUAGAGUACGUUUGCCCGGACGGUUAUAUGUUGAUUGGAUCCAAGUCCAGAAUGUGCGGAUCGAGCGGUUUUUGGAGCGGUGACACGCCCACGUGCAAAUUUGUGGACUGCGGCGUCCUAUCUGAUUUGGAGAACGGUGCUGUCAUUUUACUCGAGGACAGAACCACGCACGGCGCUCUCGCGGAUUACACGUGUAAAGAAAAUUACACGCUAGUGGGUGACACGAAACGAAGAUGCGGAGACGGUGGUAUCUGGAGCGGACACCAACCCCAGUGUCUAUUCGACUGGUGUCCCGAGCCACCGGAAGUAAACGGUGGCGUCGUGACAAUUACCGGAAGAAGAGUGAACUCCACAGCCACUUACUCCUGUCAAAAUGGAUUUAUUUUGUUCGGUGACAAUGUUCUGACGUGCAAUAUCGGAGGCGAAUGGUCCGGCAAAGCGCCCCAAUGUCGAUUCGUCGAUUGUGGGGCUCCUGCUCAGAUCGAAUUCGGAACGGUCGUUUUAAUUAACGGCACGACCACGGUGGGCAGCCUAGCAGUCUACACAUGUCAAGUGGAUUACUGGUUGGUGGGUGAAGGAAAGCAAGAAUGCACCAAAGAGGGCAAGUGGAGCCACGACACGCCAUCGUGCGAGUUAAUUACGUGUGAGGAACCGGAGGUGCCGGCGGGAGGCUACGUGGUAGGUUAUGAUCUCAACGUUCACAGUGUUAUCGAGUAUCACUGCGACGUUGGUUAUUUGCUUCACGGCGAGGCCAGGCAUUCGUGCGGCAAAGACGGAGAAUGGACGGGAGAGGUACCGAGUUGCGAGUAUAUCGAUUGCGGCAAGGUUCUACCGGUUUUAAAUGGCGCCGUGGAUUACGCGAACGGAACGACUCAUCUCGGCAGUGAAAUCACAUACAGCUGCACGAGAAAUUACAGAUUGAAUGGAGUUUCGAGAAGAUAUUGCCUGGACAACGGUCAGUGGAGUGACGCUACCCCGAAAUGCGAAGAGAUUCGUUGUACGGAGCCGGUGCUAGCGGAACACGGAAUUCUUUCGGUGACCGGAAACGAUCGAAUGUACGGAAGGACCCUGAUUCGCACGGGAACCGCGGAGAAUUCGAACACGGGAGCGACUUCGUAUAAGAUCGGAGCCUUGGUAAAGUAUAGAUGCGAGAGAGGAUACAAGGUGGUCGGAGAACCUCUGUCCACUUGCGAGGAGAACGGAAAGUGGAGCGGUGAAGUACCGCAAUGCGUCUAUGUUGACUGUGGCAAACCCGAACACAUUCAACAUGGACAUUACACGUUGACAUCGAAUGCAACGUACUACGGAGCAGCUGCACUUUACGAAUGCGAAGGUAAUUUCGAGUUGGAUGGCUUUGCCAGAAGACUGUGCCUUGAAAACGGUACCUGGAGCAGCGACACACCUGUCUGUCGAGAAAUUCGAUGCAGAGAUCCCGAGAAAACCGGUGUGUUGUCGACGCAAGUAUCGACUCACAGUGUAGGUGGAGUGGCGCAUUAUAGCUGCCCACGUGGAUUUUAUAUGGAAGGAAACGAAACUAGGAUUUGUUUACAAAAUGGAUCCUGGAGCGGCUCAACGCCUGCUUGUUUCUCGGUAGAUUGCAAGCAUCCAGGGCCAAUAGAGAACGGUCGCGUAAUAAUAGUGAAUGGAUCAACGACUUAUGGAGGUGCCGCAGAGUAUCACUGUUUACCGCAGUAUGAAAGGGUCGGCAUAUUCCUGAGGAAAUGUUUGGACACAGGAUUUUGGAGCGGCGAGGAACCAAAAUGCCAAUUGGCUGCGAACGAAGUGGCGGAGCCUCAAGGUGUUGGCACGAGUGUCGGCAUCGGAGCCGGCGUGAUUAUAUUUAUAUUAAUUAUCCUCGGACUGGUCUAUCUUAGGCUGCGAAAAGCUACGCCGGUGAAAAAUACCGAGAACGUUCAGGCGGCGGAAAGGAAGGAGGAUCAAAAUGCCGCCGUUAUGUCUUACGCGACGUUGAAUGAUGGCACCCCCAACACCAUGUACGAAAACGUCCCCGAAGAUGGUCUCUACGAUAAUCCGUACAGUUUAAGCGGCAGCGCGUAUAGAUACAACGGCCAGCCAAGAAGAACGUACGGUAGAUCCGGACAUUACGAGGCCGAACCGGUUUCUAACAGAAACGGAAUAACUAUCAAUGGCGUGUCUGUGCGAUAGCUUAAAAUUCCAUUCGCCCUCUUCGUUUUCAAAAAUUCGAAAAUCGCGCGCUGACGACCUCGAGAGAUCGUCUUCUGUCGCGCGAUUCUCGCCGUUCACGAGACGAUGCUUUAUGUACAGAAAACACCGAAGAACUUAAUUGUUGUCGUUAUUUAUAUAUUACCGCCCAUCGAGGGUUCGACAUUUUCAUGUAAAUAAUUUUCGCGAGAGAAUGUAUAAAAGAACGAGCGUGAAAAGUUUGAAGAGGAUUGUAUGUUGAUGACGCUCGUUCUUAUGAUAGGAGACUUCUUCUCCGAGUAUCAACUAAUGUGCGUACGAUUCUGUAUAUACGGUGUAUUGAUCAUUUAGAUUUAUUAUUAUAUAUAGGCUUUAAGUGACACGUUGUAGUGUAAGUUUAUGACGAUCGUGCGUAAAUAAAGAAACCAGUGCUCUUGU